AUGGUAGGAGAAAGAAGUAAUUUUGCGCAACCAGCUAUUCCACGUUUCGACGAGCAUUAUGAUCAUUGGUCCAUGUUUAUGGAGAAUUUGUUGCACUCCAAAGAGUAUUGGGGCUUGGUGGAGAAUGAGAUCACACAGUAUGCUGAGGGAACUGCUCUAAGUGAAACUCAACUCAAGGCCUUAGAAGAUCAGAAACUAAAGGACUUGAAGACCAAGAAUUAUCUCUUCCAAGCCAUAGAUCAAGCCAUUUUGAAGACAAUCCUGGCAAAGGACACAACAAAAGACACAUGA